AAAAUGUUUAUCGGUGAAGGUUAAGAAACCACCUCCGUCAGAAAGUCCCAGCACGUGUGAGUGUUUACAAACAAAACCCAAUUUGAUGUAACUCACACGAAUUAAAAUGUUGUCUCUGGAAUAAGGUUUUGAUUUCCUAGAAACUACGCAGAAAUGGUCAGAAAAAAGAUAGAUAACCGGAUCAGAGUUUUGAUAGAAAAUGGAGUCAACUUGGGUCACAGGACAAUGUUUGUUGUCAUCGGUGAUCAUGCAAGGGACCAGGUUGUCAUUUUACAUCAUAUGCUGUCAAAGGCUCAAGUGAGAGCCCGACCCUCUGUCCUUUGGUGCUACAAAAAAGAACUAGGCUUCAGCAGUCAUCGCAAAAAGCGGAUGCGUCAGCUUCAGAAAAAGAUUGCCAGUGGCAAAUUGGAUGUGAAGGAGGACGACCCUUUUGAGUUAUUCAUCUCAGCCACUUCAAUACGAUACUGUUAUUAUUCAGAGACCCAUAAGAUUCUGGGAAAUACGUACGGAAUGUGUGUCUUACAGGAUUUUGAAGCGAUGACUCCUAACCUGUUAGCUCGCACAGUGGAGACUGUGGAGGGGGGAGGCAUCAUCACUAUACUUCUUAACUCCAUGAAGUCACUCAAGCAGCUGUAUGCCAUGUCUAUGGAUGUCCACUCUAGGUACAGAACAGAGGCUCACCAAGAUGUUGUGGGACGCUUUAAUGAAAGAUUCAUCCUGUCACUUGCCUCCUGCCGGCACUGCAUGGUGAUAGACGACCAGUUCAACCUGCUGCCUUUCUCCUCCCACAUGCUGCACAUACAUCCCCUGCCUGCCAAGUCUGGGGAGGAGAAUAUCUCUGCCCAGGAGCAAGAGUUACGGGACUUGAAGGAUUCCUUGCAGGAUACACAGCCCGUUGGGGCCCUGGUGAAAUGUUGCAGAACAUUUGAUCAGGGCAAGGCUUUGCUAAAGUUUGUAGAAGCAAUAUCAGAGAAGACCCUAAGGAGCACUAUUGCUAUGACAGCGGCCCGUGGGCGAGGCAAGUCUGCAGCCCUGGGGCUCGCUAUAGCAACUGCAGUCGGGUUUGGCUACUCUAACAUAUUUGUCACUUCGCCAAGCCCGGAGAACUUAAAAACACUGUUCGAGUUCAUUUUCAAAGGAUUUGAUGCCCUGGAGUACCAGGAACAUCUAGAUUAUGAGAUAAUACAGUCUACCAAUCCUGACUUCAACAAGGCCAUUGUGAGAGUCAACAUUUUCAGAGAGCACAGACAGACAAUUCAGUACAUCCACCCAUCUGACGCCCACAAGCUUGGCCAGGCUGAACUAGUGUGUAUCGAUGAGGCAGCUGCCAUACCUCUCCCAUUGGUGAAGAACCUCCUUGGACCUUACCUUGUCUUCCUCUCAUCCACUAUCAAUGGGUAUGAAGGAACUGGCCGCUCUCUCUCACUGAAGCUUAUUCAGCAGCUGCGUCAACAGUCCUUGACCUACGGCGGCACAACAGCAGAGGUCAAGAAAACAGUUGCUAUGACAACCAAGUCAGACAGUAAGGUUGCAUCAUCAGCAUCAGGCCGGACUCUACAGGAGGUGGUGCUCAACGAGUCCAUACGAUACACAAAUAAUGAUCCAGUAGAGAGAUGGCUCAAUGACCUUCUCUGUUUGGACGCUAGUGAUGUUCCAAGGAUAUUGUCUGGUUGCCCCCUGCCAGAGCUUUGUGACUUGUAUUAUGUGAAUCGGGACACUCUGUUCUCCUAUCACAAGGCUUCUGAGGCAUUCUUGCAUAGAAUCAUGGGGCUCUAUGUCUCCUCCCAUUACAAGAACACCCCCAAUGACCUUCAACUGCUGUCUGAUGCUCCGGCCCACCACAUAUUUGUACUGCUGGGUCCCGUGGAUCCAAACCAGUCUGCCCUGCCUGAGGUGCUGUGUGUUCUGCAGGUGUGCUUGGAAGGGGAGAUCUCCAAGUCGUCCAUACUGAACAGUCUGUCCCGGGGCAAACGUGCGUCUGGGGAUCUCAUCCCAUGGACUGUCUCACAGCAGUUUCAAGACCAUGAUUUUCCUAGCCUGUCCGGAGCCCGUAUAGUUAGGAUUGCCACUCAUCCAGACUACACAGGGAUGGGUUAUGGUAAGCGAGCGAUGACUCUGCUGGAACAGUAUUAUGAGGGUAAAAUUCAGAACAUUCUAGAAGGGGAUGAAGGCAUUUCCAUAGACACCAACACAGUCACAGAGGAGGAAGUGGAGCUGUUGGAAGAGUGCAUAACUCCACGGAAGGACCUCCCACCAUUGUUGAUGAAGUUGAGUGAGCGUCAGGCUGAAAAGCUGGAUUACCUGGGUGUGUCAUACGGGAUGACAUCUGAUCUACUCAGAUUUUGGAAGAAAUGCGGUUUUGUUCCUGUGUAUCUGAGGCAGACAGCCAAUGAACUGACAGGAGAGUAUUCCUGUAUCAUGCUGAAAUCCCUACACACUGGAGAAGGGGAGUCAGAAGCCAUGUGGCUGCCUGCUUUCUGGAAAGAUUUCCGGCGCAGGUUCAUAUCACUGUUGUCAUAUCAGUUCCGAGAGUUCAUGCCAGCCAUGGCCCUCAAUGUGCUGCAGCAGAAACAGUUCAAACAUACUUCAACAGGCACCGUGAGCAGUAAGGACCUGGAGAUGUAUGUGACCCGCUAUGACCUGAAACGCCUCGAGUUGUACGCUCAGAAUAUGGUGGACUACCACCUCAUUAUGGACCUUGUACCUGCCCUAGCCAGAAUGGUCUUCUUGGAAUUAGUUGAUGUUCACCUUAGUAUUAUACAGUCGGCAGUGUUGCUGGGUCUGGGCUUGCAGCACAAGACGGUGGAGGUGCUGGAGAGGGAGCUGGACCUGCCAGCCUCCCAGCUGCUGGGCCUGUUCAACAAGAUCAUACGCAAGCUGUCCAGCACACUGACAGGGGUCCUGGAGCACGAUGUGGAGCAAGGCAUGGUGGCCAGGCAGGAGAUCAUCCUCACCCCUGCUGUUCAGACUAUCGAUGAGGAACUGGAUGAGGCUGCCCAGCAGGUGACAGCCCAGCAGAAGAAGCAAAUGGCCAUACUCGGCGAUGAGGAACUGAAGCAGUACGCCAUCAAAGGGACAGAGCUUGACUGGGACCAGGCCCUUGUCAGCGGGAAGAAGGGGCUUAUCAGUGUCAAAAGUACCUUGGCUGAGAAAAGGAAGGCAGUUGAAGCAGCCAAUGAGGAAAAGGGCCAUUCUAAACAGAAGAAAAAAAUGAAGAAAAAGAAACACCAGAAAUCUUGAUGGCUGUCUAAUUUUUGACUGUUGGAUAACUAAUUAUUAGACUUAUGCUUGUAUUGUGUGAGAAAACAUUUACACAUUGUAUAUGGAUGUCUUUUUAUUAGUCCCCUACCAGUUUCACCAGAGGGGACUUAUGGUGGAUCCUGCGAUAACUUUUAAAGUUCUCAAUAUUUUUUCAUGAAACUUGGAACAUGGAUAUAUGUCAAUAUGGACAAUAUGCACGUCAUUUCAUUUUGUUCCUACGUCAAAAAUUCUGGUUGCUAUGACAACAAAUAGACUAGAAAUACUGCUGAAAUGGUGGUUUUCUGGAUCCUGCAAUAACUUUUAAAGUUCUUAAUAUUUUUUCAUGAAACUUGAAACAUGGAUAGAGGGCAAUAUGGACACAAAUUCUGGUUGCUAUGGCAACAAAUAUAAAAAAAAAAUAUUCUGAAAAUGGUGGAAUUUCUGACAAUAUUGGAGCCGGUAGGGGACUUAUAUUGCUUGACAAUAGUCUUGUUUUAAAUCCAACUUGAAUUGUGUGAGCGUCUUUUAUAUAAUGGGGGAAUCAAUGUAUUUAUACAAAUUGCUCCGUCUAUUAAAAAUUUAAACAACUAUUUUAUUCAAAUUGGAGGCUGUUAGAGGAAAUGAAUGCAAAUAUUUUGCUGAUAUACAAAAUGUAUUGGCACAACUGUUGAAGUUGUUAGAGGAAAUAAAUUAUGAAUGCAA